GAACUACGCCUUCAGCUGGUUUAAGUUGCUGCCUCUGUAUCCAGUGUUCAGUUGCUGCCGGGGGAACUUGGGUAACAUGCGAGAGGGCGAUGGGCCAUGGGACUCCUGAUAAUAUGAACUGGGGUGGACUACUGCAGAGUCUGCUGCUUUUGGUCCAUCUCAGGCAGAUCAUAUGUGGUUCUGUCUGGUUUUCUGUCCCAGAGGAACAGGAGCCUGGUACUCUGGCCGGGUCACUUAGUAAACACUUUCCACCUCCGUACCAGCUCUUGACCCAGGAGUACCUGUGGAUGGACAAAAACACGGGGAAUUUCUACACCACUGAGCGAAAGAUGGAUCGUGAGGCCCUCUGCCCCGAGGAGACAAAGGCUGAGGAAUGCAUUAUUCUGCACAAUGCUAUUGUGAGGCCCUCGGGAGACCUUAUACAGUUUCCUGUGAUCAUACAGGACAUCAAUGACAAUGCACCUCAUUUUGAAAACAGUGAAAUACACCUGAGGGUGUCUGAGGACGUGACUGUAGGGACCAGUUUCUUAUUGGAUGACCAGGCUCAGGACAGGGAUGCCGGCCUUAACGGAGAGCUGAAGUAUCACCUGGAGGAUACUGAUGGGUUUUUCAGUUUAAAAAUUGACAAAGACAAUUUCAUCAUGCUGGUUGUGCAAACAGCCCUAGAUAGAGAGAUUCAGGACCACUAUCAGAUGACGCUGGUGGCCACCGACUGCGGCGCAGACCCUUUAAGUGCUACAGCGACUUUAAUAGUCACAGUGACAGAUGUUAAUGACAACUGUCCAAGCUUUAGCUCUGACAGCCCACGCAGUGUCACCAUCCCCGGAGACUCCCCAAAGAACAUGCUGGUUUCUCAGGUCAGAGCCGAAGACCCAGAUACAGGCCCAAACGCUGCCAUCGUUUAUUCCCUCAGUCCCAAAGUCUCUGAGCGAGCCAAGAAGCUCUUUAGCCUCGACAGCCUCACUGGGCACAUCAGACUAACACAGGACCUCCAGAGUGACAACUCCGAGGAGCUGGUGUUGAAAGUGUUAGCCAGUGGCCAUCACUGCCCCCCAGCCGACACUCAGGUAACCGUAUCCGUGCUCCCCAAGGCGAAUCAAGAGCUGACGAUCAAGAUCGGGUUCAUAGCGGAGCAUCAAAACCAGACGAUGGUGUUACCAGAGAACCAGCCCCCCACCGUCUUAGCUGUUUUAGAGCUUGAGGGUGACAGCAGCUUUAAAGGCUCAUCUCUUGCCAUUGAGGGCGAAGUGCCUUUCACUUUGAGCCCACAGAAUGGCAAAUAUCUGCUUUCCACAUCAAAGCCCCUAGACUAUGAGAUGAAAAGGGAACAUCAUAUUUCUGUGGUGGUGCACGGGAGGCCAGGUGAAGCAUUUGUGAUCAUUCCUUCUAGGCAUGUGAUCAGGGUGUUGGUGGCAGAUGUCAAUGAUAAUGCUCCACAGUUCCUCCAGUCUCACUAUCAGCUGGAGGUGGGGGAAAACAACCAGCCAGGAAUUCCACUGCUGCAGGUCUCAGCUUCAGACGCAGACAGUGGACACAACGGCAGGGUGACCUACAGCCUGGACAAACACACGUCGACCAUCUUUAACAUUGACUCUGUGACUGGUCAACUGUCCGUGUCAGCCUCUCUGGACAGGGAACAGCAGGGCAUAUACAAUCUCACUGUGUUUGCACAAGAUAGCGGCUCUCCUCCCUUGGAGUCCGUGACCACAGUGUCCAUUCGAGUUCUGGACCAGAAUGACAAUGCACCUGUUUUUCUAACCCCUCACUUCAUCUUUUUCAUCCCUGAGAAUGUACCACCGUUCGCCCAGGUGGGGAGGGUAGGGGUGACAGACCCAGAUGAAGGGGAGAAUGGGAACACAGAGUUGCAUGUUGUAAACAGCAGCGGACCAUUUGUUGUGGAUAACACCCAAGGGACACUUCGCACCACCACCGACUUGGACCGCGAGACAGAGGACCGCUACGAACUCUACCUGCUGGCCAGCGAUCAUGGCCACCCAGUCGCUUUGACAUCCACUGCCAGGGUAACUAUCUUUGUAGAGGACAUCAAUGACAACCAGCCAAAAGUGAUCCUUCCCAGCAGCAACUCCUCAUGCCUGACUGUUUCUCCUUCUGCUAUAGCAGGCACAAUGGUAACAAAGAUCUAUGCCAUUGACGAGGACUCGGGAAUGAAUUCAGAGAUCACGUACACUGCUGUGGCACCAGAGCUGGUGCAAAACAGCAGCCCCUUCCAGGUGGAUUCAAGGUCAGGGAACAUCACUUUAGCUCAGCAACUUGUACAAAAGGACCUGGGAAUGCAUCACUUAUUCAUUGUGGUCAGAGAUGGGGGAAAACCAGCUCCACUUUAUAGCACUGUCUGGGUUAAUCUGCUGGUCAGUGACAGUGGGGAGCCAUGCCACUUGGACAGGGCACCCACCUGGACAGGGACACCUGACUUGGUUCAAAGCCCCUCAAGGGCCUCCAUUUGUGAGCUUGAGACUCCUAGAUCUGCUCAACUGACAUUGUUAGCAGGCCUGGGUUUGAUGCUGACAUCCACGUGUUUGCUUGCAGCAACAGUUGUUUUAUACCUGAAACAGAGGAGAAGUCGUCUACAGCAGAAAAACAGAGGGCACAUUGACGAGAAUAGAAUUCCAUUCAGGCUCAAAGACAAAUAUCACUCUGAUGACUAACAGAAUAAAGCAAGCAAUGUGCAUAAUCCUCACUCACACAGUGUCAAGGAUGAAUUCAGCCUGUGAAAUAAACAUAUUCUGAAUAUU